AAGCGCUUUUUGGUUGUUGCGGUUUUGUUGCUGCGGCUGUGGAGGUCGAGCGGCGGGUGGCGGGGUCCUCGCCUGGCCGAGGCGGCUUUUGGCCGAGGUCCCCGGGCCGGGCCCCAGGAGCCGAGGCGCCGCUGGGUCUGGGGCAGGGGACGAUCGGGCGUCGGACGCAGGGCCGGUGCCUCCCUCCUCAGCCCCGGAGCGCCCGCCGCGGAGCAGGGAGCCCGGGGUGUCUGUCGCACCUCACAAGUGACGAGCGAGCCCGGGACCAGGCUUGGGCGCGUCCCUAAUCGGGGCGCAUAGUAGACGCGUGUCCGCCUGUGCCGAGCGCUGUGGAACCUUUGGGAGCCGGACGGACCAGAGCCCAGCCCUGGGGAGGCCGAGCGUGUCACAGCGGCGCACAGGAGGGCGCCUGCAUAGCGGGGGCGGGGACCCGGUCGAGCUCUUCGCGGGUCCCUGUUGCGGACGUGACUUUCCGACGACUUAGCCCAGUUCGCGCGGAAAAGGGUAACUCGGCAGAAGGAGCAUCAGCAGCAGAAGUUGCUUUGGGAACGUCCUCGAGAAGGAAAAAGAACGUGUGUAUUCCAGGAAGCGGGGUGUCUGAAGCCCAGAGAGAAAUGAUAGGUGGAGAGUUUCCCUGCAGGAACAGAAUGGAAGAAGAAUCGAGCAGACUGGAAAUUCACACCCCAGUGUUUGGCAAGAAGAAGAAAAAAUACUCCGUCUAUAAGGAGGGACAUCUCGGGAGUUCCCCUCGCAGUUUCGGAGCCUCCCCUCUGACAAGCGAACAGUGUCCCGUAACCAAGAGUAAAAAAAAGAGAAAGGCUUUCCAGCAUUUUCCUCCUUCUUCCCCUUUGCAAGAGUCAGAAACUUGCGACGAGGCUGAAAAGGCCACGUCUGUACGCAAAAAGAAGAAGAAGAAGAGAAGACAGAAGGCUCUGGGGGAAGAUGAGGAGACAGGCGUGGCGCACAUGCUGGUGGAGAAAGAAAAUAUCAAGAAGACGCCGAAGAAUUUUAGGAGGGACGUCGAUGUCGCGUACGUGGACACGAACAAGGGACGAGAGCCUGAAGCAGAAGAACCGCAGUCAGUUCCUAAGUCACAUGGAAGUGAGUCCAAAGAACCGCAUCGUAAAGUUAAGGAGAAAAAGAGGAGAAGACAUCGGAAGACAGUGGCAUCCGGUGAUGCCAUGCAGGAAGGCCCGUGUGCCAACCACGCCCUGCCUGAGGCGGAACCACACGAGCCAGAAGCCCCGCUUUCUGCGGGUCCAGACGGUGAAACCGCACAGCUGCCAGCGUCCGCUGAUAAAAAAAAGUCUAAGAAAAAAAAGAGAAAGAGAAGAAUGUCACAUAACCAGGAAUUUGAGGCAUCGUCCGGGCCGGAGGGUCUGGAGAACGCGUACUCUGAAGGAUCUCGAGAAUUCGGUGAGGUCGAGACUGCAGGGGGCAGCCAGGACGCCGGCAGGGUAAAGAAAAAGCCUAAGAAAAGGAAGCGAAGGUCUUCUGUUGAGAGCCCCGCAGCGCCUGGUGGUGAGUCUUCAGUGCCCACCGCCAGCUUGGAGGACACGCACGUCGAUUCCCUGGACGGUAGCGGCACCCCGAUUGAGGAACGCGUGAAGCGCAGGCCACGGAAGGAGAAAACCCAGGCCCGCUCGGCAGAGGUGCAGAAGGUGCAGAGGUUAGAGUCUACAAAUGAGGAAGAAAGCCAUCUGGAAUUGGCUAAAGAUUCCGAAACAAGGUAUUUAUCUGAAGAUUCGAGAGACGUGGGCGACUCGGAUGUGGAUUUGGACUCGGCCGUGAAGCAGCUCCAGGAGUUCAUCCCCAACAUCAAGGACAGGGCCCCCACCACCAUCAAGCGCAUGUACCGGGAUGACCUGGGGCGGUUCAAGGAGUUUAAAGCCCAAGGUGUCGCGAUUAGAUUUGGCAAGUUUUCCGUAAAGGAAAAUCAGCAGUUGGAGAAAAACGUGCAAGAAUUUCUGUCCCUGACCGGAAUCGAGAAUGCGGACAAGCUGCUGUACACGGACAGGUACCCCGAGGAGAAGUCCGUGAUCACCGACCUGAAAAGAAAGUACUCCUUUAGACUGCACAUCGGGAAGGGCAUUGCCCGGCCCUGGAAACUCGUUUACUAUCGAGCAAAGAAGAUGUUUGACGUCAACAAUUACAAAGGCAGGUACAGCAAAAGAGACGUGAAGAAGCUGAAGCGCUACCACUCCCUGCACGGGAACGACUGGAAGAAGAUCGGCGACCUGGUGGCUCGAAGUAGCCUGUCCGUGGCCCUGAAGUUCUCCCAGAUCAGCAGCCCAAGAAACCACGGUGUCUGGAGUAAGACGGAGACCCAGAAACUGAUCAAGGCUGUCGAAGAAGUGAUUCUUAAGAAAAUGUCUCCCCAUGACUUGAAAGAGGUGGAUUCUAGACUCCAGGAGAACCCGGAAGGCCGCCUGUCCAUUGUGAGGGAAAGUCUCUACAAGGGCAUCUCCUGGGUCGAAGUAGGAGCCAAAGUAGGAACCAGAAACUGGAUGCAGUGUAAAAGUAAGUGGACGGAAAUUCUGACGAAGAGGAUGACGAACGGUCGGGAGGUGUACCGAGGGGUGAACGCCCUGCAGGCCAAAAUCAACCUGAUCGAGAGAUUGUAUGCGACAAAUGUGCAAGAUGCCCAUGAGAUCAGCUGGGAAGAUCUGGCGAGCACCAUCGGUGACGUCCCGCCGUCCUACGUUCAAACAAAAUUUUAUAAGCUGAAAGCUACCUGCGUUCCCUUCUGGCAGAAGAAGACUUUCCCAGAGAUCAUAGACUACCUUUACGAGACCAGUCUGCCUCUGCUCAAGGAGAAGUUAGAGAAGAUGAUGGAGAAAAAGGGUACUGAGAUCCAGACUCCCGCAGCGCCCAGGCCGGUCUUCCUGCUCAGAGACAUCUUUUAUUGUGACGACAACAGUGAGGGGGAAGGCGGGGAGGAGCAGAGUUAGGCCUCCGCAGGUUUGGCUGCAUUUCUUGCACGGGGCAGAGGAGCUGUUUUCAGGAUUGACAGUUAGUAGAGAAGGAGCCACGGCCUUGGGAAGGGCAUGACAACGAUGCCUUGUGUGCUGGAACAUUCCAAAGCGAUUCGUGCAUUCAUGCUCUAGCGCAUCUGAGCGUGCAAAGAAAGGGGCGUGUGAGAGUCGAUUUAAUUCUUCUGUGCCGCCGAAAAUAAUCACAACGAACAGUUCUUAUAAAACAGCAGGAUCCCGCGUCCCUCUCACGGUGGCAGAGGGCGGAGUCCCAUCCCAUGAACGCUUCUUGGUGUGGAUUUUGACGCACGCACCCUCCGCAAAGAGGGGGCACGACGGGUUUAGUUCACGUGCCCGCGGGUUCGCUCUCUGUCUCCCCACUUCUGUGUUCGCGGCGCACGGGAGUGUUCGGUGAGCGCCAGCGGGGCCGUGGGGCCGCCGGGGUCCCAGACCGGCUUCCCUCUGCGCGCCCUGCCUGUGUGUGCGGACUUCCUGAGUGCGGCACGCGUUCGGCCCGCAGGACGCCUUCCCAAGGCUCUGAAUUCACCUGCUGUCCAACUGGGAAAACGAAAACAAAACUGCAAAGCCAGCAGAUGUCUCCACCGCUUCCAGAAGCUCUGGCUCUGUUAGGUUUAUGGGGGGAUGACGUGUGGGUCUAAGGCACGGCUCGCGCCUCACGAGAUUUCAAGGAUAAUUGAAGUGUUGGGCUAUUCCAUCCGCCAGGAAGGCUGGAUUCUCGAGCUGCAGGGAGGCGGCUGCGGCCCGAGGGGUCCCCGCUAACGUGCCCCCUCCCUGUGCUGCUCGUGCAGCCCCCAGGUUGUCUCCUGCCGCUGCCGCAGUGGGACCCUGGGGUGCUGUUGGUUAAUGCAUCCACAGAGCUAGACAUCUUCCCAACGCUGCCGGACUGGAGAAGGAAGAGCACAGACUCGUGUGGGAGUCUGGUCACCAGCAUAUCCCUCGCACCUGUCCCAGUGAGGCGCCAACAAGGGACACUCCGUAGAUGUUCGGCAAACGAAUGGCUGUUUCCUUUGAGCAAGCGUUUUACCUGCGCCCCCUCCUGCCCGUCUCCACGCCGGCGGAACGCACACUCUUUUCGGAGGACAGUCGGUGAACCGCAUCAGAGCCGUAAGGAUGGACGUGAUGGGAGAUGGAGCCAUUUCACUUCCAGAAUUAGGAGGACUGGUGCGUAACAACGGCACCUUUAUAAUUUGAAAAACCGAAAAGAAAGGUCAGUGUUCCUUGACGGGAACUCGUUACUGUAUAUUCCUAGAAUGUGAUCAUAUCCAGAAAUGAAAAAUGAACACGAUAGAUUGCAUUAACAUAAAAAGAGAUCAACAAAAUUAAGAUAUUUCAGAAGAGUAUAUAUUUUCAAUUUUGUAAAAGUCAAAAAAAAGGGAAACUGUGUAUCUGCGGCUGCAUUAAAACGUCUGGGAGAAAUUAAACCCCGUGUUUCCGGAGAGGGUCUCGCGGGACAGUGGGAUUGUGAAUUUACAGGUUGGAACUCUCGAUUUGCAAGUGCCAGAAGCUAGACCCAGACAGAUAUGAGGAAUGCGGGAGCUCUCAACACUGAAAGAAAGGCCAAAGGGACUGCUUGACUUAAGGACUGGUCCAGCUCCUCGGAGUCCCCAGAGAUGGGAUUUCCUGCGGACUCUCUGCUCUCUCCCCCGCAACCACCGCCCACUUCUCUUCAGUGCACACGGCCCCUUCACCUCGCACCUGCGUCCGCAGCCGGCUCCCCGUCCCGGGAGGGAAACAGGCCUCCUCCUACUGCUCUCAAGUCCCAGGCUUGGCUUCUAGUGCCCAAGUUAGAGCUCGUGCCCAGCCCUGACGCGGCGCCAGCACCGGAAAGGGAGGGGGGUCUUCAGUGCGAGCUCCCCUCUGGUGCCAGGGUUAGCUUGCUGAGCCCUGAGUGGCUGAGGGAGAGAUACCCCAGUGCAAAGAGUCAGGGUCCCGUUAGCAGGGAGGGAACGCGGACUCUGAGGAAGCAGCCCACCGACGUGUGUUCAGUGACUGAUUGCCUGUGCUGUGAGUUUUACAAUAAACUUGGGUACUUUUUGUAGAA